AUGGAUAUGGAGAUAAGAAGGCACAUGGAAAGCUCUUGCGGCGAUUCCAUGGUCGGUGUUCAAGCAUUUGUAUCGGGUGAAAGCUACAUCUUCCUUCUUUUCAAUAGGGAAAUGCUCUUGGCUGGCGUAACACUUCAGAGAGUGGGAUCUCAUGUAUACAUAAAGAACGUAGACACAACUGGGUAUGAAAGGGGGCACGCCAGGAGGUUCAUAACAUCGAUUUUGAAAGCGUUGUCCCCUGAGCUAUCUUGUUGUUUCAGCACACCAAAGAGCGAGUAUAUCUUUAAUGGUAGCUCUCAGAACAAAGGAAAGGUGAUUAGGGAGCCUGGAGAGCUUUUGGAGUACUGGAUUGGAAUUUUUGAGGAUCUCUAUGACGAUUUGCAUGUGUGGUCCAAUCAUUAUGAGAACAUUUCCUAUCCAUUCAAACAUUUGGACGAGGUUGUAUAUUUUGAAGACGACCCAAAGGAAAGGCUGAAGAAGCACUUUGUAGGAAGCCUUGAGGAGAUGUUUGCAGUAUUACUGUGUAGAGCUGACUUUACAAAUGGGUCUCUGGUGUAUGGCCGAUUGUGCAAAUAUGUGGGGUGCGGCAUGGUAGAAGCAGAGGCUGGUGACGUGUACGGGAUGGAGGCUAUGCUAAGGACAUUGGAUUUCUCCACUCAUUCUAUGGCAUUAAAGUCUACAGAAAAGUUUAUAUCCAGGUUUGGACUAGACAUAGAAUACUUUCCCAGCAAAAGAACUGCGAGGCCGAAGAAAAGUGAGCAAGCCUGUAUUGUUCUGAAUCCAACAAGAAAGGCAUGA